CAGCAGUCAGGUGGCUGAGUAGGCGUGGCGUUGGCGCUAGGACCGUUCAGUUGUGAUCUAGACGCCGUCGUGAGCGAACGUGUAGCAUCUUCGUUCCCAGACCUUACCUGCGCCGACAAUCCCACAGCUGCGACGCGUUCCAAUCCAGAAGACGAGGAUCUCUCUUCUACCCCUGCGUGACGCCCCUGCGACGAUGGAGCUUAGCGCCAAGGCUGAAGGCUAAGAUCUUAACCGUACACUCUGCCGCUGCCACGUCGGUGAGCCCGGAGGAGAGAAUAGCGAGCGUGAAGGAGCCAAAGACUGUUAGUUGUAGAGCCUCCCCUCAGAGGAGGAGGCCCGUGGGAGCGUUUGGAAUACAAGUGUUAGACGGCAAAGAUGCGUCUUAGUGUGGUUAGAAUCGCCUGGUUGGCCUCCGUCGUGUUCCUGGCAGGACACCCCGUGCGGGCGCAAAGACCAGCCAGCCAACCGUCCAUCGCGGCGUCCGUCUUCAGCAGCGAGACGCUAACCCCGGGAACCGACGAGGAAUCUCUCGUUACGGAUUCUCUCUUGGACACGACCGAGGACCAGAAUACGGAGACGACGGCGGUGACGGAGGGGCUGUUCACCUGGGGCGGAAUCGUGGACGAUGAGGAAGGAGCUGAAGGCGUGGGCGAGGUCGUCGAAGGAGAGACCCUGACCAAUGAACCUCCUACAGAGGAGACGCCCUUGGCCGAGGCGACCGUGGCUGAGGAUCCUCUUGUUCCUGAAGAUGAGGAGUUGAAGGAGGAGGAGGAAGCCGUGAAGGUCACCAAGGAAGGCAUUCAAGACAAGGAGGCUGAGGAAGGUGUUACCGAGGCGGCGACCACAACGACGGCGGAAGCACAGGCUUAUGCGCCGUCAAGCAGUCUGCGCGUGUGUCCGGGCGUGUGCGUGGCGAACCGCAUCAGCCAGUAUUGCGAGGCGGCGCUCGACGUGGCCGAAUUCUGCCGCUCCGGACUGCGCUGCUGCGUGUCGGCGGAUCUGUUCUCCGACGUAGACACUCCGCCCAAGGAGUUCGUCUUGCUCAACCCGAAGAAGCCCGAGCAGCAGUCCUCGUCUCCGCAAACAGAGGCGACGACCACCACGACCACCACCACCACCACGACGCAGCGCCCGACCACGACCCCUCCGCCGCCGACGACCGUGUUCACGCGCAGCCCCGAUGGCCCCGCGACUACUAACGCGGCCAGCACGAUCCCGGAGGAGCGUCAGUGCCGCGGCACGUGCGUCACCUCCUUCUUCGCCUUCCUGUGCGACGAGAUCGACCGCUCGGGCGAGUGCCCCCGCGGAGGCAAGUGCUGCGUCACCAAGAAGCGUCGCCCCAAGCCCACGCCUCCUGAGGGUCGGCCCCCACGACCGGAUCCUACAACCACGACGACCACGACGACCACCACGCCGCCUCCACCUCCUCCCGCCUCCGAGCCUGAGUACUCCCUGCCGCUGUGCCCUGGGACGUGCCUGCCCUCCAUCGUGGCCUCCUUCUGCUCGCAGCCGUCCGUCAUCGUCGAGGCCUCCGGCUGCGACGAAGGACACUUCUGCUGCGACAACCGGGCGGAGGAAGCGACGCCUGCCAACGCCCCGCCGCCCCCCUCGCCUCCCCGGCGGCCUCCCCCUCCCCCUCCGAGGCAGCCCCCUCUGGAGCGCCCCGUCCCGCCCGCCUUCCAGACGCUAGCGUCGCUCUUCUCACGUCCACCGCCGCCCACCAGACCGCCUCAGCUGCGCCCGCCUCGCCCGGCCCGCCCUCCCGCACCUCCUCCACCCCCACCGACGACCACCACCACCACGACCACGACGACCACUACGACUACCACAACCACCACCACGAGCAACGCCGAGAUGACGGACGUGUUCAAGUGCAAGAAGGACAAGACGUCGUGCUGCUCGCCCAAGUCCGCUCUCAGGGAGCUCAUUCGCCACGACGAGUUCCACAACAUCGCCCGGAACGACACGGCCUGGCGACCUCCCUACGACCCCAAUUACCCGCAGCCGCCUUACGGGUCCCCUGGAUACGAGCAGCCCUACGACCCUGCUUAUGAGCGACCGCCCUACGAGCAGCCUCCUUACGAACAGCCUCCCUAUGAACAGCCGCCUUAUGAACAACCGCCCUAUGAACAGCCUCCCUAUGAACAGCCUCCUUAUGAACAGCCUCCUUACGAACAACCUCCUUACGAGCAACCGGCUUAUGAACAGCCUCCCUAUGAACAGCCAUACGAACGCCCGGCCUUUGAACGCCCAGCCUAUGAACAGCCCCCGUAUGAACAGCCGCCGUACAACAAGCCGUACCAACCUGAACAGCCCUAUGAGAGGCCGUACCCAGUGUCUAAUGUCACCCAAGCCACGCCAGUCAUCCGAACCACGAAGGCCCCGGCGAGGAGCAAGUACAUCUGCGGCCUGAAGGGCACCACCGGCAGGGAAGCUCGCGUCGUGGGAGGCGAGGACGCCCUCCCGGGAGAGUGGUGCUGGCAGGUGGCGCUCAUCAACUCGCUCAACCAGUACCUGUGCGGCGGGGCGCUCAUCGGCACUCAGUGGGUGCUCACGGCGGCCCAUUGCGUCACCAACAUCGUCCGCUCCGGCGACGCCAUCUACGUGCGCGUGGGCGACCACGACCUGACGACCAAGUUCGGCUCACCCGGCGCCCAGACCCUCCGCGUGGCCACCACCUACAUCCACCACAACCACAAUUCUCAGACGCUCGACAACGACAUCGCGCUCCUGAAGCUUUCGGGCCACGCCGAGCUGAAGGAGGGAGUGUGCCUCGCCUGCUUGCCUGCGCGCGGGGUCAACCAGGUAGCUGGGAAGCGGUGUGUCGUCACUGGUUACGGAUACAUGGGCGAGACCGGGCCCAUCCCUCUGCGCGUGCGUGAGGCGGAGGUCCCCGUGGUUUCUGACAACGAGUGCGUGAGGAAAAUUAACGCGGUGACGGAGAAAAUCUUCAUCUUGCCUGCGUCGUCCUUCUGCGCCGGAGGAGAGAGCGGCCAUGAUGCCUGUCAGGGCGACGGAGGAGGUCCCCUGGUGUGCAACGUGGACGGGUACUACGAGCUCAGCGGCCUCGUAUCCUGGGGCUUCGGGUGCGGGCGGCAAGAUGUACCAGGAGUAUACGUGAAGGUCUCCUCCUUCAUUGGCUGGAUCAACCAAAUCAUCUCUGUGAACAAUAUUUGAUGACUUCGUAGUUGUUGAAAUGUGUUAUUAUUUUUUUUUUAUAUAAGUUUCUUCCUGCUCAAAUUUAUAUUUUUUUCGGGUAUGGGUGAUAUGAUAAAAAAAAGGGUGUAAUGUCCGUCAUAUGCACAAAUUGCGUUGCCUAUUCUUUCUUCUUGUGAGAGCAAUAGUCUAAAAUGGGUGGAGAGUGAGGCGGUGUUUCGGGUAUGUCCCAGGUUAUACAAAUCUUUCUUUACGCGUACCUUGAUCAUUACACGAUAUAGGUAACACAGACACCGCUUUACACGAGCAUUGGCAGGUUGGUAUUGCGUGUCCACAUGUACUCAUUCUAAUGGGUAUCGUGUACUGCGCAUAUACUAGUUUAAAAGAAAUACUACCUUUGGUUAGGCAGAUCCUAGUUUUGAUAUGAAAUUGGUUAGCACGUGGCAUAUCAAGUGUGGAACCAAUCAAAAUAACUUUUUUCGGUUUACGUGUAACAUGAUUGCCAACACCUUGGAUUACUAUGCCUUAUUUACACGAAGACUGUAUGUACACAUACCAUGGGGUUACUUCAUGCUAUUAGUUUAUGUUCCAUUGUGUAUCUUGCACUUGUUCGGUUUACGUGAGGCCUAUUUUACACGAGGAAGACACAGCGGACUAAUAGCUUUGUUUCCAUGGCGUGCAUUGACGUCUGCGCUGGUUGGCUUCAGUUUCGACAAAGGACGGUGCUCUUCAGCUGAGAGAACGGGAUGUUUCAGUGAUUUCAGAUGAUCCUUAACCGCCUGGAAUGUCGUGUUGGACCUCAACUCUGGUAAAGUGGUAUAUGGCUAACUUCACACUUAUUUCCACACUAAUAAUUGAAUUUUUUUUAAAUGUUCAAAGGAAAUUCUUAUUGUAAGUUUAGAGAUCUUCAAUGUUGAGUGAAAAAAGAAAGCUCAAACCGUGGAAAAUAUUAGAAGCCAUAAUAAUCUGUAGGGGUUAGUGAUUUUCGUUGUGUUAUUUAUUUAUCUUUAAGUGUUACGUGCCAGGACGGUGCUUACAAGACAGACCUGCUUUUCUCUGACUGUGCUCCUAAGACCGUGUUAUGUAGACGAUUUUUUAACACUGCGAAAAAAAAAACAAAAAAGUUGUGCCAGUGACUGCUCAGUGAGUAGUUAUUCAACAUGCCUUGAGGACCUACUGUUUAUAUGGGUAUAAAGACGAGCGACAAGACGUGGCGACGAGUACUACCGAAAAAAAAGUCUGUUGCUAAAGCCUGAUAACCUGUUACUGAUGGCAGUUCCUUCCUCUCACAUAAAAGGGCCUUAUCUUUGCACCAUAUGGUCUUGAAGUGGCAUUUGCGUACAGAGGUAAUUGAUACAUGUUCUCUGUGUAGUUUUUAGUUAUCAGAUCUAUAAUUCUCGGAUAGUAGGUUAGAGUAGAAGUUUGGAGAUGCAGAGGGAAGUCCCAUAUUGGAGACGUACUUUGUGUCCAUUUUACAUGUUCAUGGUAUUUUGUGUGAAUAUGUUUCUCUGUUGUUUAUUUUUAUUGACAGUUCUGAAUGUCUCAAAAAUCAAUAGUCAUCAGCGCAGGUAAUUACGGAUUUUAAUUGUACAUGACUCGACUCCGACUAUUUAUUGUGUUCUAGAACCAAAGACGUGUCUUCAAAAGACAUUAUAUGUUGACGUGAAAUAAUAAAUAUUUAAGACUCUUU